AUGAACUUGUUAACUUUGAUUCCAUUAAUCUUACUGGUUUUAGGACCGGUAUUUGUUCAUGCUGAUGUGGGAUCUCGGCAACCAACCACCCAUGCUAAUCCAAAACUCACUAUAUUACAAGAACUAUACCGUCUAAACCUUCCUUGGGCAAAAGAGAUAAACACUUCAGUAUCUGGCACCUGGCUCGAUUCAUAUGACCUAGAUACGCGCCUUACAAACAUAGCUAACCAACUUAACACGCGCUUGUUAAAUCUCAGUUCGAAUAAUAUAGAUAUCACUCCAGCCUUGAAAAACCUCAAAACCAUCAAAAUCAAUGACUCAAUCGAUACAGUAGCAGAAAAGAUAUACCUUCUAGCGCUAACUUCAUCUCAAGAUUUACCACAAUCAAGCAAAGGCGACAAAUGCCUGGCGGUUCAAGCUCUGACCAAACUCAUUCCAUUCUAUGAUGGCAUCCAGCCAAAAUACCCUAACAAUAUGGCUGCCCACAAAAUCGCCGAUCUUCUUACAGUUCACAAUAUACUACUAAAUGGCAUGUGCUGGACAGUCCCAGCCCGAGAUAAUUACUUCAAUAAUAUUCAAAGCUGGGUCACCCAAUUGGUUAUCAAUGAACAGCACAGGACUCUCAAGCAAGUUGCCUAUAUCUUUGAUGAAAUAGCCUGUCUUCGCAGUGACCAGUCACUUCCUAAAGAAGCCGAUGCUGAUGCCUGGCUCUACAAGCAGACACUUUUCAAACUGAUCAAAACCAAGGACCAACUGUUUUAUUUCCCCAUCCUAGCCCGGUUGCAUCCCUUGAGCAUUUCUCUCUUCCAUAAACGCAUCUAUAUUACUACAGUUUCCAGUGUAGCUCUACCACCAACCAGUACCAAUCCCGACCACGAACUAAUCAUCGUUAGUAUUGCUCACCGGCCAGAAAUUCAUCUCGUUUCCGAUGACGAACCACCCACUUCAUCAGACGACUCCCCGGACUACAACAUACUAGCAGUCGUCAAGGCCUACGACCUGCGCAUUGAAGCCACCGGCCUUUCCUCUAACACUGUCUCGAUGGCAGCAGCCAUUAUUGGGCACUAUUUACACUAUAGCCAGGCCAAGAUCACUCUCACUAAUUUCGAUGCCCCUAGCACCAACCUCUCUACCUCUACCUCCGACAGUUUACCCGACUGGGCCAAUCAAUACUUCAAAGCAACCCGCUCUUUUGCCAUCCAUAAUGACUCUCUUGUCUUCCUAGCCCUUGGCACCCAUAUUGCUCUCCUUGGUUACCUUAUAGCUGGUCUAUUUUAUCACUUUGAACAUUUAAGUGCUGUAGUUGCUUGUUUUGCUCUGUUACUAGUGAUCUUCCGUGUUAUAUUCCUGAAGCACAAGUCUUUCCCCUUCAAACUAUUCCGGAUCUUAGAUAGUCUUAUUAGUCUGGCCACUCUCACUUUAGUCGGCAUUGAUAUCUACUAUGCCAUCACCAACUCGUCCCACCAAAGUCUAAUGCUUAAUUUUCUUCCCAUCUAUAUCAUAUUCUAUCUUACAGCUAUCUUCUUUGUUUUUGCCAAUAUAUUCCGCAGUCUCAAAACCGAUAUCAAAAAAAGGAAGCAUCGGUUUAUUAUCAAAACUAUUCUCUACUUCCUUAGUUUAGCCGCAGCCUGGUUUGUUCCCAUCGGUAGUUUCUUUAGCACCACCAUAUACACUUCCGUCGCUCUCCAAAGCACCCUUCUUGCCCAUACCACUGUUUUCCUCUACUUUGCCCUUGCCUUUGAAGAGUCCAAGUAUUCCCACUACCUCAGCAAUGUUUCCUACCAAAAGAAGCAUGCCAGUCUAGUUUAUUCCGGAUGCGCCAUUUUAUUCAUCACCAUUGGUAUUCUCUUUACUGCCAGUAUUUAUAUCUUCCAUCCCGCCAUUCCCUGGUAUGCCACUGCCAAGUCCGUCCCUAUACCCACCCCGUAA